AUGAGCUUCAGUCCCGAUACAUGCCGGGAUCUUCUCUAUGGGAGGAUGGUUCCUCUUCCUUUCCAGCCCUCCAGCCUGGUCCGAGUCUUCAUCAGCUCACUAUUUUCAGGUGUGAAAAGUAUCCAUGAAUAUAAGACCUAUGUAUCAGUGAACAGGAGAGGGUGCAUGCAUAUCCUUCCACACAGACAUGGCUCAGAAAGAGACACCCUCCUGGAGAAAGCAUACCCAGAAGCGCAGGCCUUCUGCCAGAAGCAUGGCCUAAUUUUGAGUACUGACCAGUCUAAGAACCUUAAAAAAAAUAUUUUUGUGCUGGGACUCCUGGGGGACCACUGUGGGCACCAGACUGUGCCUCAGCUCAUUGCGGGGAAGGAAUUUGAGGCCCAAACUCUGCAGCUGUCAGGGGACUCUGCCCAGCUCCUGACACAGUGGUACCGGCGGGAUGAGAACGUGCUGCCCACCUGCUACGUGCUGCAGCCGGCUGACGGGCAGGCCCGGCCUCGCCUGGAGAGACGCCUGGCCUCAGCGCUGUGCCUUGGCAGCCCAGGAGCAAUUGAAUGGGAGAUUGAACAGGGUCUCCUCAAUACCCAGGAGAGCAACCCGGGGGCUUUCAUAUUCCUCAGAGAGGUUGAGGAUUCCAACAAACAAAUUGGGCAAUGGACAAACUGGAUCAGCAAGGAGCCAGGGCGACUUCUGCAGGAGCUGGGCCACCACACAGCUCUGUGCCUGAAGAACUGCAGAUUUUUCUGUGGGAGACAGAAUUUAUUGGAUAACAUCUUUCACCGUAUUAAGCAGAACAAUAAUGAAACCCACACAGCCCUCAUCCUUUAUGGGCCACCAGGCUGUGGAAAAACAGCUGUGAUGUGCAAACUAUCUGAGCGGGUGCAAGCUGUUUUAGGGCAAGACACCGUAGUCAUGAUUCGUUUACUGGGGACAUCCCAGCUCAGUUCUGCCAUUCACAGCCUGCUGAGGGACAUCUGUCUCCAAGUGUGUUUAGCAUCUGAUUUGCCACCACCUCCAACCCAGACCAAACAGGCUUGCAGUGAUUUAGUCUCGUUCCUCGGUAAACUCCUCCUUGCUAUCUCCCACUGUGGCACACAAACACUGGUGUUGUUCCUUGACUCUGUGGAAAGGUUACUUUCUGGUGAUAGUGCUCACAGAUUCCACUGGCUCCCUACAGAUUGCCCUCCAAAGGUCCACAUCAUCAUUUCCAUUUCCACAGCAGAGCCUGAUAGUCUGAAAGCUCUCCAACAUGCUGUGCCUGAGGCUGAAGCAUACUUUGAAGUAGGACCCUUAUCCUGUGAGGAAGGUGAGGAGAUGCUAGAGAUGCUCUUAGCAUCAGACAGACGACAGCUAAACCCAGCUCAACGGGCCUAUUUCCGUCAGAGCUUCCCUAGUGGUGGACAAGCCCUGCUCUUCAAGCUGGCCUUCCAUGAGACCAGAAAAUGGGCAUCUUACACUUCACCUUCAGAACUAGUGUUUGCUAGCACAGCCCAGGACGCCAUGCACCGUCUGUGCGAGAGACUGGAAAAGUCACAUGGCACAGUCCUUGUGGUUCAUGGGUUUGGCUACAUUGCUUCCUCACGAAAUGGACUGUCAGACAUGGAGCUGAAGGACAUUUUAUCCCUUGACAAUGAAGUUCUCUCAAAGAUUCACCACUGCCACCUUCCUUCAAGUAAGACUAUCCUGCGCCUUCCUCCUCUCCACUGGGCACGGCUACGCAGUGACAUGGGAGAGUGCCUGGCAGAACGGAAGGCAGAUGGCUUCACCCUUCUUUGCUUUGCACACAGGCAAUUUGUUGAAAUGGUGCAGAACCGUUAUCUAUCAAAACAAGACCGAAUCAAGAGGCAUUUUCUCCGGGCAGAUUUCUUCAAGGGGACUUGGAGCUGGGGAAUGAAGAAACCUCUUACGUUGCCACACUUUAGCAGGACCUUGAAUGCCGACAGGAAGGUAGCCCCUCAGCCACUCUGGUUCUCUGAUACUGUUGCAAAUCUGAGGAAGUUGAGUGAAUUGCCAUUUCAUUUACUUAAUGCUGGAUGAAUUGAGGAGCUAAAACAGGAUGUGCUGGGGAAUAUGAACUGGAUCAGCCGUAAAAUAAUCGCCUCUGGAAUAGAGAGUGUUGAUGACUUUGCCAUGUGUACUGAAUGCAUCAUGUCCAAACUACGCCUUGUGCAGGACACACUUCUCCUUUUGAAGCCUGCCGUCAGCACUAUACACAGCCCUGAAGCAGUGAGUAUAAUAUACACAGAAGUGUUGGCCAGGCUUCUUUUUUCCAUGCCUUCUUACCUGGAGGUAAUUGGGAAGCUGUGCCAGCAGUGUCUAAGCUGGUGCAGUGUCUGUCCCUAUCCUGUUCUCAUUCUACUCUGUGGAUUUCUCCAGUCACCUGGUGGGCCCCUACACACAACACUAACCGGAUUCCUCAAAGCUGUCACAGUGAUAGCACUUAGUUCUGAUUACUGGCUGCUGGUGGCAUGUUCCCAGGAUGGCUCAAUGCUUGCCUGGAAUAUGAAAGUUUUGGAGAUGCUGCAUGCCCUUCCGGGCACUCCAGUGAGGUGUGUGAAAGUGUUUGGAAAAGGAACCUGUGCUGUUUCAGCUGCCAUGGAUCACAUGGAUCUGCGCAUCUGGAAUUUGAUUUCUGGCAGAGCAAGGUUUAUUAUCCAGGAUACACAUAUCGAAGAACAGCUCUCACAUCACCUUCAUGUGGAUGAGUGGCACAUGAUUGUAUAUUCUUCCUCAGAUACAAAGGUCAAUGCUUGGCACCUGGGGACAGCAGAACUCAUCUUCCAGAUUUCUGGAGAGGUGUCAGCUGCAUGGGUGUGUUCUGCAGCAUUCAGCCCAAGGCUGGUGAUUAUGACUGUGUCUGAAGGAGGAACACCGAGUCCGUGGAGCAGCAGCACCAGUGAGCUGAGAUCUAAGCGUCAGCUAUCAGGGCUACAGGAAGAAACACCAACGUCCAGUGUUCUGAUCCAGAAGCAAGGGAAGAUGAUAGUGGGAUUUAGCGGGGGAUCUCUAUCCAUGGUCUCUUCUGAUGGAAACGGUUUGCUAGAGAAGCUUCCUGGAAGGGUUUGCUUUGUGGUGGUGUCAGAAGAUGAGUCCAUUCUUGCUGCAGGCUUUGAGGAGUAUGUGCAAGUGUACCUGGCAGACCCAAAGGGAUUCCACAGGUUCCUAGCGGCACAUUUGGAACGUGAAGGAGUGGUUCAUACGGCUGUUAUCACUGCUGGCAACAGCAUUAUUGUUACUGGUUCUCAGGCUGCAUCUAUCCAGGUGUGGAGUUUAUCAGACCAGGGGUUGCUGACUGACAUACUGGAUGGCAUGGGAGCACCGGUAACACUCUUAGCCCUGUGCGACUGCACUCUGGUCUCUGUCUCCCAUAGCACACUGUAUCUAGGAGUGUGGAACCCCAUUUACAAUCAUCAGCAGAAAACCUUGGCACCUAUCCCAAAUACAGGUGAAGCGUGUGACACACCGGACACCUCCGCCCGAGUGAGAUGACUGGAACCAGCUGAGCAAAACCAGCUCCUUUUCACAGGGCUUAUAUCUGGAACAGUCCUUGUCUUUCUACUGAACGCCAGGCAGGAUGUAGCACGCAUCCCACCUCCAGAGUCACAGAAACCAGUCAACGACACGGCAAUCAACAAGCAGGAAAAGCAGCUUGCCAUAGCACAGGAUGAUUUAGUCCUUGUGCUGGGUGUUAUCCCUGCAGAUCCAUGCCCAGUGAUCGACAGGCCUGCCUACACUUUUAAAACUCAGAUCCCUGGCUCUCUGAUGUCCAGAGCGGCUGUCCUUGCAGAUCACAGAGUCCUCUAUGGCAUGACUAGCGGGGACUUACUCCUUUAUGACUGCCCUCGAGCCCCAGUGUUUCCUUUGGAAGGUCACAGAAGCCAGAUCUCCUGUUUGGAAAGCAGCCACAGAGAGCAGUGGGCACUCAGUAGGUCUGAAGAUUCCCUGCAGUGCCUCUGGGACUUGGAGUUCUGUCAGCAGGAACACGAGAUGUGCUAUUCUACAUCUCUCCUGAAAAGCAUUUGCUGUGCUUCCUUCUCAGAAGAUAAGUACUUGUACACUGGACCGCUGGAUCAGUCCAUUGCAGUCCAGGAUGUUGCAAGUGGUGCCUUGCUGGCUGUACAGUGUGCAUACACAACGGCUAACGGAACUGUACCAACUGCAGAUGGAUUUGUUGCAAUAACAAAAAUUGGUUAUAUAAUUUGUGAGAAGUUUCACUGUCCUAAGACCACCCCUCCUCGGUAUAACCCGCUCCAGAACAUCGUGGCAACAUGCACGGUAAAAUCCAGAAAGGAAGACGGGGAAAACUCAAGCAAGCAACAGUACAACCAAGGAAAUUCUUCUGGGAGCCUGAUUCGUACCAGCAAGCUCUCUCAAGUCUGUUCAGUGGUGUAA